AUGCGAUCUCUGAGCGCACCGUACUCCCUUUCUGUGGUGAAACUCCGUCGUCUUCUAGAUGCAUCAAUGGCCAAUCCUGAACGAUGCAAGAUCAAAGGUAUGAUUUCGAGCUUUGGGAGGCUGGAUGAGGCUGUUGGCGUUUCAAAGACAUCUGGCCAAACCAUUCGCUCGUUACUCGUGAGCGCUGGGCUACUAGUCGCCAAUGUUACACAACACAGCGAAAGCUUGCUCGACGCAAAAUACUUGCUCUGCUCCAAAGCAGGUGUGCUGCCGGGUAUAUACCCAUCAGGGGACCGGUGGAUGUUGGAAGGCCCAGACAGGCGGACAUAA